CUGGAAGUCACUGUGCAGAACUGAGCCAACUGCAAUAAGCGGGCAAGGAGGGGGCUGAGGAGGAGACGGUGGGGAGGACAGGAGCUAUCAGCUCUUGGGGGGGAGAAGGAAUAAUAUGAAUGAUGAUAAUGAAAAGAAUAAGCUGGGGAGGGGUGCUGUGCCCUCGGGUAGCUUUGAUUGUUUUGUUGGGGCUAUAUAAGGGGUUUUAGGAGGGUCGUGUGCCAGACGUACAGCCACUGAAUCGCAAGCCGCAUCACUUGAGCUGGAGAGCAGGACGCGUGUCAGAACGCACUUCCACUCAUACACACUGUGCGACGGGCUGCCAGUCGCACCCACACCGACUCCUACUGUGCGAAAGACUCCUGAGACACAAGUAAAGCCGGGAAUCCCCCUCGUACUACGGGACUAAGAGAAUAUCCCUACAGCCAACAGCGCUGGAACCCCACUCACCUGCUUCAGGAGCCAACAGCCAGGGCAAAAAGAUGGUGCUGCUGAAGUGCGAGUACCGCGAUGAAGAGGAGGAACUGACCUCUGCCUCCCCCUGCUCCGUGUCUUCCUCCCACAUGUCCCCGGCACAGACGUGCAGCUCCGACGACGAGCAACUCCUGAGCCCGACAAGCCCAGCGCUAAUGCACCUGCAGGCACAGGAGCAAGAGAACAGCCCGCCAUCUAGAAGGAGCCGACCCCGCACCAAGAACGGAGAGACCGUGUUGAAGGUGAAGAAGACCCGGCGCAUUAAAGCCAACAACCGGGAAAGAAAUCGCAUGCAUCACCUAAACUCGGCGCUCGAUUCCCUGAGGGAAGUACUGCCAUCAUUACCCGAAGAUGCCAAGCUCACCAAGAUAGAGACCUUGCGCUUUGCAUACAACUACAUCUGGGCUCUUAGCGAGACUUUGCGCCUGGCAGAACACGGAUCUUCUGCUUCCACCCUAUCACCCAUGUCGGUGCAGGACUCCUCUCCAUCCCAGAGCCCAUCCUGGAGCUGCAGCUCUUCCCCCUCUUCCUCUUGUGGCUCCUUCUCCCCGGCCAGCCCUGCCAGCUCCACCUCAGACAUGCUGGAGUACUGGCAACCUGCUGAGCAUCGAAUGAACCCCUUCAUGCCUGCCAGUGGGGCUUUCAUUUGAACUCAGAGAACUAUGUUGGAUUCUAGAAUUCAGAGUAUAAAUUCCACUUGAGUUCUUGCUUACAAUUCUAGCCAUCAGGGACAAGCAUAGCAGGGGUUAAAUAUCAGGUUUACCUCAGUGGGGCCCCAGAGCAAACAAUUAUUUUCCUGGGCCCCAUAAUAUCCUCUGACCCUGCUUUCCCAGCGUGAGCCCAUAUAGUGCAAUAAUAUAAUCCUGCAAUGGCCACUGCUGUGACCACAUUGCACUCUGUGGGUUCUGCUGCUGACUGUGAAGGGAGAGAAGUGUGUGGCCUGUGCCUGCUGGGUUUCUGGUGCCUACAGCGUAUGUUCCCCCUAUAGUUGUGCCCAUGGCAGGGCCACUUUAGGGUGGGAUACAUUGCUGUGUCUGUUAUUUUUAUUAGUGUGAAAUGAAAAAAUAUAUUAAGCAAGUACAGAUCUACACCUGUUAAACUAGUUACCACCUUCCUGGUAUCAGGGGCUGCUGGGUAAUGUAAUUUAACAUUUGUUGGAGAGGUGUAGGCUGGACGUACACGGUGUUAGUAGAGAUUGGGAACCCACCUUGUACAGAGCAUCCUGCUAGUUAAUGUGAAACACUGAGGUUAGUAGAUACCUUUUCCAUGGUGAUUCCUUACAUAUUGAUAGACUUAUGGCUCACUUAGUGGAUAUAGAGGGUUAAAUAUAUACCAGCAGAUAAAUAAAUAAAUAUAUAUAUAUAUAUAGACUGCCUUAUUUAUAAUGUUUGAGAGGGGACUUGACUGAGAUUGGGCAACCUUCUAGAGCGAGUUAUCAGGGCUAGGGAAUACUUUGUCAGAGAGCAUAGAAUGAUGACUUAUAUAAAUAUGUAGUGGAAGAAAGGAAGCUUCCAUUUUUCUUAAGGGCAAAUGUCAUAUUAGCAUGUGGUUAUGAGCCAACAUUACGGACCACUGACAUCUGCACUGUUCCCAUUGCUGCAUGGCGGCUGUGGGAAUUUUACUGUCAAACCAAACUUCCUCUCUGAUGUGCACUUUUUCUCCUUCCCAGAUUUGCCACAAUACCCUUUGUGUUGCCUUUCUCUGUGCCCAUUUCCAUCUGUCCCAAAUGAUUUAUAUGAACAAAAAAUGUGUGUUUGCUAGAGAGCCAGGUUAGAAGUCAUUGUAUAAUUUGUAGCCUUUUGUACAGACUGAAAGAAAGCGUGAAAAUUUGGGCUGGACUCUUUAUCAAACGGGGAGGAAAAAUGAAAGAGAACGUGACGAAAGGGGAGAAAUCAGAAGGGAGGAUACCUUCAUGCAUUAUUUAUACCAGCCUUUACCCCAUGAGGAACCCCUCCAUUCUUCCAGCAGAUUAAAUAGAAAUUACCAGACCAGGAGCGCCUCUGUGAACAGAAACACAUGUUCCCUUUUAUUUAUUUUAAAUAACAAUGUCAUGAAAAAAAUGUGUAUUUUUUGUAUAUUUGAAAGAUUUUAUUUUACAUUUGUAUUUACAGCAAGACAUGUUGAUCUUGUUCUAAUUAUUAUUAAAGUAUAUAAUUUCCUAAAA